CCACACACGUUGUGAUCACUUACAACUUUUUUUUUCGUUAAUAUAAUUUAUCGUUAUAAUACAACAGCUUGUGUACUUAUUUUAAGGAUUUUGUGCUUGUGAAGUGAAAUAUGUGGUGGAUUAUUCAGUUCGCAAUAUUAUUGCAAUGUGUAUCAUCAGUCCGUAUAAUCAACAUGCGAGUUCCUGAAGUUCUGCAAUAUGGAACUCGAGAUGUGAUAACGCUGGACUGCGAUUACAUCACAAAAAACGUCACAGGGCUGGUCGUAAAAUGGUUUUUUUCUGACCGCUCGCAGCCCGUCUACCAGUGGAUACCACCACAGAAGCCUCAAGCUCUUGGUAUAUUGAAGAAUAAGUUGGACUUAAACUACAAGAUUUCGCACAAUCCAUAUACGCAACACCGAGCUCUAAGGAUAGUUCAGCCGAGUACUGAGUUGACUGGGAACUAUACAUGUGUCGUUUCCACCUUCUUAGCUGAAGAUGAAAGCACCCGGCCUAUGACUAUAUUUGUGCCUGAAAAACGAUUCGACAUGAUCAUGGAUAGACUCAGCGAUGGUUAUCUGAACAUAAUAUGCUCCGUUGAAGGUGUCUUCCCACAGCCAGAACUCGUCAUUUUAGCUGGAAACAGACCGUUGAAUGCGAAAUCAUCUUUAAAUAUGAUAGAUGGAAGGUAUACAGCUUUAACAAGUGCAGUAGUCAAAAUCGAUUAUUUGCCGCCCACAGUGGAGAUACUUUGCGACAUGCAAGUACCACUCGCUAACUAUUUCAGUAGAAAACGGGAUAUAUUUUAUAGAGAUCCACCACCCACUACUCUAGACCCUCCUGGUUUAGCCAACUCCCAGUUUGCAAAAGAUCACGGACACUCAACGCAGUGCAGAUUGACCUUAAUUAUUGUAAUGCUAUUUAUGUACUUUAGUUUAUGGUACUCUUGACGUAUUUUUUAAAUUAUUUCUGUAUAUACUAAUGUAAAUAAUUUAGAAAGUUGACGUUAAAAGUAAAUGACAUGUGAUAAGA